UUAUUUUUUUGUUUAGUAUAAGAAGUAAAGAAGUAAUUGUAAUUAUUAAAUUAUGAUUUAAUGUGACGCUAUUAUUAAAUAAUAUUGUAUUUAUUUGAAUCUUAUUGUUGUAGAUUUAGUGCUUUAAGUAUAUAAAAUUUGUAAAUAUGACAAAACAAGUAAAAUUUAAGGACCAAGUUGAUACUACAAAAAAAGUCAAAAAGGUUAAAAAAUCAGGUCAAAAAAGACCCCCAAAGCCAAAGUCGAUAUUAAUCCAAUCUGGAGACAAAAUUAAGAAAAAAGAAAAGAGAAAUAAAAUAAAAAAUGAUGUCGACAACGAAACAGUAGAAGAAGAUUCUAACAUACAAGAAGCCCCUGUGGGUUAUCAAUUAACCCCAAACGACAUCCAAGAACUAAAAAAACCCGAAAACAAAAAAAACGUCAUAUCCAAAAGACAACUCAAAAGAGAAAAACUAGAAAAAACUCAAAAGGAGCAGCGAGAAAAAUCCACAAACGAGCUCAUCGAAAAAGCAUGGGAGUACCUUGACACUUGGAAAAACAACAAAACCAACUGGAAAUUCCAGAAAGUCCGACAGGUUUGGCUGACAGACAAUCUAUUCGACAGCGACAAGAUUCCAGAUAAUUUGUGGGAUGUUGUUAUAGAAUAUUUUUCUGGAUCUCAAGGUAAAGUUAGAAGUACGAUUAUUGAACAAAGUACAAAAGUUGUUCAAGAAAUGUCUGAUUGGACUGAGCAAAAAGAGCAAGCUGAGAAAGAUGGUGUAGAGUUUAAUACACCUAAACCGUGUAAGAAUAAAUAUAAGCGAGCUAGGAAAAUGUUGCAGAGCUUGCAGGAGUAGAAUUGUAAUUGUAAUAAAAUUAAAGUAACGAGUAAA